AUUUCAACCAACAUGCCGGAUAAGUCCAGCCCUGAAGAAGUCUUUGUGCUGAUGUCAAAUAUUGGACAACGUACUUUCAAGGUUACUAGUUGGACGUACACAAUAUGAAUAAUCUAUGAGACAAUACGGACUUUCACAUCAUAAGGCCAGCUAAAGUAUAUGUUGAUAUAACAGUAAUGAAAUGUAUCAGUAGCCUAUAUACGUAUCUUCAAUAAUGAUUCCAUCUUGGCUUCCAGUAGUAAGAGCUUCAGCGAUUGGUUGGACACCUCUGCUUCAAAGUAAACUUCCAGAUGAGCCUUUGAUUUCUAAUAGAAACUGUUUUCAAGAUCAAAAAAUAAUAAUCAAUGUAAGCGGAAGGAGAUUCGAAACACUUAAAUCCACCCUGGAAAAAUUUCCUGAUACUUUACUGGGUUCAGAUGAGAAAGACUACUUUCAAGACCCUGUCUCAAAAGAGUAUUUUUUCGAUAGAGAUCCCGAACUGUUCCGAUAUAUAAUGGAGUAUUAUCGUUCAGAAAGGUUACAUUUACCAAAGGAUUCUUGUGUGACUGCAUAUCACGAGGAAUUACUGUAUUUUGGCAUAAUGCCUGAGAUUAUGGGAGACUGUUGCUACGAGGAGUAUCUUGAUAAAUACCGGGAAAAUAAAGAAAGACAACAAGAAGACAAAGAAGACACUUCAGAUGAAGAACAGCCGCUGACGUGUUUCAGAGAUAAGUUGUGGCGUGCUUUUGAAAAUCCGCAAGCUUCAACUUUAGCAGUCGUCCUUUACUACGUAACGGGAUUUUUCAUAGCAGUUUCUGUGCUUGCAAAUAUAACAGAAACGGUUUCUUGUGGUAUAAGUAUAGAGACUGGCGAGAGUAUUCCUUGUGGGGAGAAAUAUAACGCUGCGUUCUUCUGCCUAGACACUGCUUGUGUGCUUUUAUUUACUAUAGAAUAUUUAGCCCGGCUAUAUGCAGCACCAGAUAGAUGUAAAUUUGUCAGAUCUGUUAUGUCAAUAAUUGAUAUUGCUGCAGUUUUUCCAUAUUAUGUUGGACUCUUCAUGUCCAACAACAAAGAAUUUUCGGGUGCAUUCACAACUUUACGUGUGUUUCGCGUUUGUCGCAUUUUUAAAUUUUCGAGACACAGUAAAGGACUGAGGAUUUUAGGAUGUACUCUACGUUGCUGCGCUUCUGAACUCGGAUUUCUCCUGUUUACUAUAACAAUGGGUGUUAUAAUCUUUUCAACAAUAAUGUUUUAUGCAGAAAAGUCAGAGAUGUCACAGUUCAGUAGUAUCCCAGCUGCGUUUUGGUACACAAUUGUAACUAUGACCACUCUUGGGUAUGGAGACAUUGUACCGACUACAAUCAUUGGAAAAGUAGUUGGAGGAAUUUGUUCGCUUUCUGGUGUGCUUGUUAUCGCUUUACCAGUACCUGUUAUUGUUUCACACUUUGCUAGGAUAUAUCAGCAAAAUCAGAGAACUGACAAAAGAGAAGCCCAAAAAAAGGCUAGAUUAUCUCGUCUAAACGAAAUGAAAGCUGUAGCAGAAGCUGCAUUUUCAGAAGGCAAGAAAAAAUACAAAAAUAGACGGAUCAAAUAUAGCAAUGCAGUUGUUGGUGAUGUUGCCAGCGAUGAGAAGGAGAAUAAACAAAAUGAUAUUGUAGAAGAUGAACUGGAAAAUGCGGACAUGUACAACAGAUACAAUAAGAGUAGACAAAUAGCAGUCAAAAAUGAGGAUGACACCAACUUGGAUGAUGAGCUUCAAGACUUAUUUGAACAACAAUAUUACCAUUUGAUAGACUGCCUACAACAGACAACAGGACUUGAAGUUGCUGAACCUGAUGCAUUUUCAUCUACUGGAAACAGUAGUCGAUUAACAUACAGAAAGUCGAAUUCUGGCGGAAAACUUUUACAAAGAAAUAAGUCGCUCAAUAUUUCGAGUAGUUUGGGAGAACUGCAUAAUUCAGAGGUGGAAAUAACACCAAAACGGUGUGUGCUGAUACCAUCCCGCCUACACCAACAUUUAACACGCUGUUGUUAUUCUCGGAGACGUUAAUUGUGAAACGGUACAGUAUUACUAUUCAAACCCUUGUCAGCCAGACGAUAAUUCAUUUUAUAUUCGUGUUUUGGAUAUUCAAAAAUGAAAGUAUGAAUAAAAAUAUACACUGUCCUUUGGAGGAGUUGUCAAAACUGUAGAUUCCAUUCGAAUAUAUAUAUAUAUAUAUAUAAUGUCAAGACUUCAAAUGAUUAUCGGCAGCAGAAGGCUGAAGAUAAAAUCAAGUAGUUGAAUAGUUUGUUCAUUUAUGCCUUUCUGUAUAGUCAUCUACUCAUAUAUAUAUAUAUAUAUAUAUA